AAUAAAGUAAUAAUAUAUAUAAAUAUCUACACUCCGAUACUGAAGAACCGAGAAGAAAACAAAAAAAAAUGUUCGCAGUCUCUCCGGUGAAGACGACCUUCCACGGCGUCAAGCUAGGGCGAUCUCCGCCGUUCUCCAUCGCCGGAGAAAGGAGCUCGUUCCUCGCCCGACCGCGGUUCGAGCGGCAUCGCUUACCUCGCUCCGGACAGGUCCGGGCAGUGAUCAGCCGCGAAGAAAAGGCCGUCGAGGAGGCUGGGAAGAGCAGCGGAUCUCCAAUUUCAGCUCCAGAUCAGUUGCCGCGACCUUCGUAUGGCGGAUCGAAGUCGGUGACUGCGGUGGUGAAGAUACGGAAGAAGAUGAAGGAGAAGCUGACGGAGAAGGUGGAGCAUCAGCUGGAGCUUUUGAUGAAAGCGAUCGGGCAAGGGAUUUUGCUUCAGCUUGUUAGCGAAGAAAUCGAUCCUGAGACGAAGACAGGCAGGAGGAGUUUGGAAACUCCAGUGAGAGGACUUCCAAGGAUUUUGGAAAACUCCCACGUUGUCGGAUACACAGCAGAUUUCGCUGUCCCCUCGGAUUUUGGAAGACCAGCCGCAAUUAUUGUCACCAACCUCCUCGGCAAAGAGUUCUACUUGUCGGAGAUUAUCAUCCGUGAUUCUGGUGAAUCCAUUCUCUUCCCUGGAAACUCAUGGAUCCACCCCAAGAAAGAUAAUCCCGAGUGUAGGGUCAUCUUCAGAAGUCAAGCGUACUUACCUUCCCAGACUCCUGCUGGGAUCAAAGAUCUACGUCAACAAGACUUGAUCUGUGUUCGUGGUGAUGGGAAUGGACAGAGGCAGCCUCAUGAGAGGAUCUACGAUUACGAUGUUUAUAACGAUUUGGGCGAUCCCCGGAAACCAGAUCAAGCGAGACCCGUUUUGGGUGGUCCAGAAAUGCCAUAUCCGAGACGGUGCAGGACUGGUCGGCCUCCAGUUCCAACAGAUCCACAAUUUGAGACCCGAGGAAAGCAGAAGGAUGAAUUUUAUGUUCCGAGAGAUGAAGCCUUUGAGGAAAUCAAGAGAGAUACUUUUUCAGCUGGACGGUUGAAGGCACUCCUUCACAAUCUCGUGCCAUCCAUUGCUGCAGCAUUGUCAAAUUCAGACGUCCCCUUUAACUGCUUUUCCGACAUUGAUAACUUAUACAAAGCCGGCAUUGUCUUGAGAGAUAGCGAGCCAAAAGCAACGGGCCUUGGCGGGUUUCUUGGCGGUUUCAUGGAUGGAAUCCUUAACGUCGGAGAAAGACUAUUCAGAUAUGACACUCCAGCCAUCAUAAAGAGGGACAGAUUCGCAUGGUUACGAGACAACGAAUUUGCACGUCAAGCACUGGCUGGGGUCAAUCCUGUGAACAUUGAGCUGCUAAAGGAGCUUCCAAUUCGAAGCAAGCUUGACCCGGCUGUUUACGGGUCCCCUGAAUCCGCUCUCACGGAAGAAGUGAUUGCUCGAGAAGUUGAGCGUUAUGGAAUGACCGUUGAAAAGGCCCUCGAGGAGAAGAGAUUGUUUCUUCUUGAUUACCACGACUUGCUCAUGCCGUUCGUCGAUAAGAUAAACUCCUUGGACAGGAAAACAUACGCUUCCCGAACAGUUUUCUUCUUUUCAAAGUCGGGGACCCUUAGGCCGUUGGCUAUAGAGCUUUCACUGCCUCCCACAUCGGAGUCCAAGAACAAGUUCGUUUAUACCCACGGGCAUGACGGUACAACUCACUGGAUUUGGAACCUAGCUAAAGCUCAUGUCUGCUCAAAUGAUGCCGGUGUUCAUCAACUCGUAAACCACUGGCUAAGGACACAUGCUUGUAUGGAGCCAUACAUCAUUGCUACUAACAGACAUCUGAGUUCGAUGCAUCCGAUCUUCAAGAUCCUUCAUCCUCAUAUGCGUUACACUCUCGAGAUUAAUGCGCUUGCACGUCAGAGUCUGAUAAAUGGAGCUGGGAUUAUCGAAAGCUCCUUCACUCCCGGGAAAUACGCCAUGGAAUUAAGCUCUGCAGCUUACAACAGUAUGUGGCGUUUCGACAUGGAAGGCCUUCCUGGGGAGAAAUGGCUCAGAAGGUUCAUGGUCAUAUGCAUAGGAGGAGAAAUGACUAAAAAAAAGGAUGAGAAUGUUAAUGCAAGGAAAGAGCACCAAGAGAAGGUUCAACAUCUAGAAGAUCUCAAGAGAAAAAGAAACAUACCAUUUAAGAAAAAUGGAAAGAUCAAGCAAAAGGAAUAA